CCUCUCGUCUCUUUGGCGGCCAACCAGCGCCGAAAGCCAGUCUUGCCUCUCAUCCAGCACCCGAGUCCUGUCGCCCUCCUCCCCAGUGUGCCGGCUGCCGAGCAGAUCCACAGCACCACGAUGAAGCACAUUCUCCUGGCAGUCUUUGUCCUCCUGGCCUCUAUCGCUGCCGUCCAGGCCACCACUCUCACCUACCGAGUCCAGCCCCACGAGCGGGCAUGCUUCUACACCCUCAGCAGCUACCAGGGCGAGAAGAUUGCGUUUUAUUUUGCGGUCCAAUCCGGCGGCCAGUUCGACAUUGAUUUUGAAGUGACGGAUCCUCGCAACGAGGUCAUCAUCUCCGCAAACCGCGAACGCCAGGUGGAUUACGUCUUUUCGGCCAAGCACGUUGGCGAAUACAGCUUCUGCUUCAGCAAUGUCAUGUCCACCUUUGCCGAGAAGGUCAUCGACUUUGACAUCACUGCCGAGCACGAGAACUCACAGGACGCCCAGCGCGAGCUCCAGAAGAUCACCGUUACCGGCCACUCCGACAAGACCAAGGACAAGCCCGUCGAGACCAACCAGAACCCGACUGCUUUUGACGAGACCCUCAAUGCCAUCGGCGGCAAGAGCUCGCAAAUCAUGCGACUCCAAAAGUACUUCAGGACCCGAGAAAACCGCAACUUUGCCACCGUCCAGAGCACCGAGAACCGCAUCUUUUGGUUUGCCGUCGGCGAGAGCGCCGCCAUCAUUGCUGUGGCGGUCAUUCAGGUGUUCCUGAUCCAGACCUUCUUCAGCAAGCCCACCCGUGGACGAAUCUGACGUGUGCUACUGCCAUCUGUUCCGCGAUGCAGGCCGAUAAGAUCUCAUCAAGCGUCACCGAUAGCGCGCAUAGUUAGCGGGGGAGCUGCACUGUCUGCAGACCGGAGCAAUAUACUUUGUUGUAGCACCAA